AUGGGAGACCUCAGGAGUGGCAAGCACUAUUGGAAUGAGCAAAUAUUCAAAACCUGGGCACGAGACUCGGCUUUUCGGCUUCUAUACCUGUUUCUUCUAGGUGACUUUGGGUCUGAUGUCAAGGAUAGCAACAGGGCCUAUAAUGCAGCUCUAUUCGUCGUCUCCCAUUGCGGGAUUUUCGAACGCAGAACGAGAAAGAUGGUCCGGGAGGCGUAUGAGGAGCGGUUUGAUGUAUCGGCUAAACAGCUACGUGAGCUUGAUAAGUGGGCAUUCCAUCCUCCUGCCUCUGAAUAUUCAGAGGAUGAUUUGACUACCGAGUCGGAGGAUCUGAGUUUUGAGUUUGAUUAUGAUUAUUACUCGGAUCGGUCGUGA